AAUCUUUCUCUUUCUUAGUUUGCUAAAGUCCCAUGGUUAACAAUCCUAAAGCCAAGUCAGAGAAAUAGAAUGUGUGGACUGAAAAGUUAGAACCAAAGGUUGAAAGAGAACCCUGAGAUCAUCAAACGUCAGAAAGAAAAACCCUUUUUUUAAAUUGUUUUUUGUUUUUUGUUUAAUAAAAAAUCCCCAACGAAGCCCUACCAUUCGUAUCAUAGUAUAGACUUGUUUUGUAUAUCGAGAAGAGUCAAAUUAUGACUCAUAAUUCAUAAGUCAUAAUUCAUGAGAACUUGCCAUUCCUAUAAAUCCAUACGCUUUUCUUGGUCUAAUCUGUUAGGCAAAACUCCAUGCCUCUCCUCCAAAUCCGGAUAUCCAAAUCUCUACAUUAACACAUAAUUUACCACUUUCUUUAUUAUAGCCUCUAAUGGCCACCGCCACCGUCAAGCCUCCUCGGCCAAAACUAGCCUGUUUCUCCUUCGCCGCCUAUGCUAAAACUGUCAUCGACCAUCUCAAAUCCCUCCAAAUUCCCGUCCUCCCUGGCCUCUCCGACCCUGAAUUUACAUCCGUUGAGUCCACCUUCCGAUUCUCUUUCCCGCCGGACCUCCGUUCGAUCCUCCAAGAGGGUCUCCCAAUUGGGUCUGGUUUCCCCAACUGGCGGUCCUCCUCCAUUCAACAGCUUCACAUUCUGAUCAAUCUCCCAAAAUUCUGCCUCCUCAAGGAAAUUUCUCAAAGAAAAUUCUGGUGUCAAUCUUGGGGGGCCCAACCUGAUGAUUCAAACGACGCUGUUGCUUUGGCCAAGCAAUUCUUGGACAGAGCCCCUGUUCUUGUCCCCAUUUAUAAAAACUGGUACAUCCCUUCCGCCCCGAACAUGGCCGGAAACCCUGUAUUUCACCUUGACGGUGGGGAGAUUCGUGUUUCCAGCUUUGACUUGGCUGGAUUCUUUCAAGCCCACGAAUAUUCUCAACUGGGUAAGGCUGAACCGGACUGUUUGGUGAUCGAUUCACCAGCUUGGGCAGCGACAGAGGCCCGAGCAGUGGAAUUCUGGACGGAAGUGGCUUCGAGAAAGAAAGCGAAAGCGCGUGAGGUAACGGAAGGGUGGUGGAAUGAAGGGGAAUUUGAAAUGGGGUUGGACGGAUGCCUUGAGGACGUGUUUUGGAAGUUGCGAGAAGGUGGGUGGAGGGAAGAAGAUGUCAGAGAUAUGAUGAUGAUGGACCGCCAUGAUCGGAGCUUGGAACAAAAUGAGACAACAAUGGAGAAACUUAGAGUAUCAGUAGGUGAAAUUUUACUUAGUGGGGGAUGGAGCAGAGACGAUGUGGUGUACUCUCUUGAUCUUGAAUGCAAUUCCGCCAUUGUUAUUCCUGACGAAGAAUCAACAUUUGAAAUCAAUCUUCAUCAUUAUCAUCAUCAUCAGCCAAUUAGAAUCCCUCAAGUAGAACGCAAGAAAAAGCCCCGCAACACCACCACCACCAACCACCUUAAAAUGCCCCCAUUUUUCUUUGCACCACAUCGGAACUUAAUCCUCUAACGUCUUUUCGUCUUGCUUUUCCUCUUAAUUAGCCUAGUUUACCUUCACAUGAAUGACCCCUUGUUCAUUACGUAAAUUAUACAGUGUACAUAAAUACACAUUCUUUUUUCUUUUGGUUAAUAAAAGGAGAGACGAUAAAGGUCCAAUUUUGAUCCCA